UUGAAAACACAGAGCAUGCCCGUCACGCACCAAUCGGCGCGCCGGGGCGGCGUCACGGCACGCACGCGCACGCGGCCCGCACAUGCGCGCCCGCGGGGCUGCCACAUGAUUUUCGUCCGUUCCCAGUCAAAGGCGCAGGCGCGGGCCGCUUUAAGACGCGCCCACCAAAACCUGCGUGCGAGGCAGGCAGGCACCCGGAGCGCCGCCGCAGUCCCAGUCUCACCCCCACCCACCAACACACGCAUCGCUCUUCAGACCCCGCCGGAGAGGCAGGGAGGCGAAGCGGGACGGACGGAGAUGGUUGCCAUGGGCGCGGACGAGGAGGAGCGGCCCGUGCACCAGGGCUGCAUGGCCGGCUUCCUCCACCUCUUCGACCGCCCGCACGUCCUCUCCGGCAAGCGCCGCCUCUGCCACCACCCCCGCCGCCUCCUCUCCUCCUCCUCCAGCGGGUCGGCGACGCCGUCGGAGAUGUCGAUGCCGCUGGACAGGGCGACGCCGCUGCCGUCUUCGCCCGAGAUGACGCCGCCCGCGGCGCCGAGGCCGUCGCUCCAGCUCCCGCCGCUGGACCUGAAGGACAGGGGUGGCGCGGCCGCGUCCUGGAGGCUGCCGCGCCUGUCGCUCGACAGCCGCGCGGUGGUCGACGCCAGGGGGAAGCUCCGGCAGCGGGACAACAUCAGAACGGCGGCGCCACCGUCCCCUGGCGUGGCGGGCUCGCCCAGCGUUGUCGCGCGGCUCAUGGGUCUCGACGCGCUGCCGCACGGUGCCGCGGAUGAGGAGGACGGCCAGCACGCGGCUCGGGGUGGCGAGCUCAGGCGGUCCGCGUCCGAGCGAGUGCCGCGCGACCCGGCCCGCUUCCGGUUCGUCGACCCGUCUUUCUUCGAGAAGCCGGCGCUGCUUCCGCAGAGGCCGUCGUCCCCGACGGCAGAGGCGGCGCUGGCACAGCGGCAGUCGCCGGAUCCGGCCUUCCACAGGGCGGCGGCGCUGCAGAGGCGCAGCAGCCACUUCGACGCGCGCGAGGUGUUCCCUGAGCCGGCGAAGCGCGUCGACCCGAGCGCCGGGCGCGGCGAGAUCGCGCUCUGCGGCGAGAUCGACCGGCGCCUCCGCAAGCGUGGCAUCGCCGAGCCGGCCAGAGAUCUCGAGACGCUCAAGCAAAUCCUGGAAGCCCUCCAGCUCAAAGGCCUCCUCCGCCACAGCACGCCACCGCCGCCAUUGUCCGUGCGCAACCAUCCGCCUCCCAUCGUCGUCAUGCGCCCGUCCUCCCGGCCGCCGCAGCCUCCAACUUCGCCCACGAGGCGAUUACGUGUCCAAGUCGACAAUGCCCGCCGCCCGCGUUCUCCUGACCGGGCGGCGUCCCCCGCACGGAGCCCGGCCUCCCCGGCGCGACGCGGCCCGCAGUCCCCUCAGCGCCUCGUCUCUCCGGACAAGCGCCACCAGCCCCUCAAGAAACCGAGCAACGCUGAUCUCCCAAGCAUCCGCCCCCGCAUUGCCCGCCACGCUGCUCAUCAUCUAUCUCCCGACGACGACGCGUCGACCAUCUUCUCGGACGGCGGCAGCAGUAGCUCUGUCAGUGCCAGCGCCAGCGCCUCCUCCCGCUGGGACCUCGAGCAGCGGCAGCGGGCACGUCUGGUGGACGACCCGAGAACGGACCGCGGCCUGCUGGAGCGCUGCGACAAGCUGCUGAGCAGCAUCGAGGCGUUCACCGGCGCCGGCGACGCGGCCGGCGACCAGCAGCCGAGCCCGGUGUCGGUGCUCGACGCGGCGACGUUCCUCGCCGACGAGGACUCGCCGUCGUCGUCGGGGUCGAAGCGGGGGAUGGGCCGGAGAGCCCCGAGCCCCCGGCCGGCAUUCUCUCUGUCCUUUCCCGAGGACGACGACGAGGUGGUCCCCGAAGCGUGGCUGGUUGGACCGGAGGCCAGUGACCCCGACUUCGCCUACGUGGCAGAAGUAGUCUGUUUGUCGGACCGGAUGAGGAGCCCGAAUGACGUGUACCGCACGGUGGAGAAGAGGCGCCGGCGUGGUGAGGACACGUGGCAGCACCGCAGGCUGCUCUGCGGCGCGGCGGCGGAGGCUCUGGACCGGUGGCGGUGCGCCCACCCGUCGGAGCCCGUCGCGUGGCUCCGCGGCGAGGACCUCCUGCGCCACGUCUGGGCGGAGGUCCAGUGCGCCAUGGAGCCGGCUGCGGUGGCCGACGAUCUGAACGACCAAACUAGUGAAGCCAUCCUGCGCGACCUGGCGGCGGACCGGCGGUGGUCGCCGAGCGCCGAGGCGGCGGACACGGUGCUGCAGAUCGAGCGGCUGCUGUUCAAGGACCUGGUGGCCGACGCCAUCUGUGAGCUCGCCGAGGCCGACCGCCUCCGCCUCCCGCGCCGGAAGCUGGUCUUCUGAUCAAUCUUUUCCACUCCAGUCCCAUGUCUAAUCUAAAUCUAAAACAAGAUCAGAGCAGAGCAUUAGAAUAUUGUUAACAGGAAAAUAAUGUGAUCUUUUAGUCUUCAUCCUCUUGUACUCCUCCUUUCUGUAUACAAUUAUUACUGUUACAGUACUGUUCUUAGGAGUAAUCAGGGCGAUGCGACGGAUGUAAGCCCAACCAAUGAAUGAUGAAUGAAUGAAAAUUUAAGUGUGUUUCCCGCCA